AUCAACAGCCGCCAUCUUGUCGCGGAUGAGCGUCAGGAUUUCGGGAGAGCAUAUAUUAUUUUUUACGCACCCGGCUCCAUCGGAACCGGGCCAAAUAGCUUCCCUGCGACGGAAACGAUAAGCUUCGGGCCGAAUCGCGGAUCUUUGUGGCGAAUAUUAGCGUAAUGGAGCCGUUUUUGUGGUCGGCUGGAAAACCCCCGUAUAUCUGAUUUCCCCCUUCAGCGCGAGCGGCGCUCCUGUGCCACUCGCCUAUAUUAAAACAGAAUUAUUUGCUCUCAUUUUUCAUUUAUAUUUUCGGACUUCCCUGAUUAUUCGCUUCGGGCUGGACAUGGAGCUUGAAGGUCUUUAUUUUUCUUCGCAGAAAAUAGCAUUUUUGAACAGAGCCACUUGAAGGAACCGGGAUUGAUGAUUUUUCUCCCCUCGUCGUUUGUUUUUCGAUUUUUAACGAUGAUAUAAUUUAUUUCCGUGGGGUUUGGGGUGAUCAUUAAGGUUAAUUAUGCGGGUUUUGGGUGUUGGAUUAUCAUGCGGUGAAUGGCGGUGGCGGAGCGGGGCGCUGUUGAGUCGCGUUUGAGCCCCAUCUGUUAAUUAUUGGCCCCUGAUCGCUGAAUAAUCAUAGAAAAACCCGAAGGUUGAUUUGAUUUAUUUCGCUUUGUCCCCCCUCCCGGGCUCUUGGAAGACGCAUUUAUUGCUUUGACGUGUUUUUUUGUGAAGCGAGAGAGCACGAUGGCUGAUAAUCUGCUGGAUAUGGGUCCCUCCAGCGCAAAGCGGCCCAAACUCAACUCACCUGCGCUGUCCUCCUCCGACACUCCAGACUUUGUGUCCUUGUUUGACUUGGAAAACGAUCUUCCAGAUGAGUUGAUACCCAACGGAGACCUGGGGCUGAUGUCCAUGCCCUCUAAUGGAGACGGAGGGGUGGGGAGCCGGAUGGGGGGCACUGUCCCGGACGCUGCUGCCAAGCACAGGCAGCUGUCCCAGCUCCUGCAGGCAGGGAGCGGCUCUGGUCUGGCUGGAAACCUCAGCCCUCAGUCUGGAAUGGGUGGCCAACUGGGUGCCUUGGGGAAGAGUCCCAUGGGCCAGGGCUCACCCGGUCACCAGACCCAACCUCCAAAGCCGGUUGGCAACCCUACCGGUCAGGGCAACAACAGUCCGGGUAUGGGCCUCAGUGCAGGUUUCAACCCAGCCAUGCUGAACAAUAACAACCAGACUCAUGGACUCAUGGGGCAGAACAUGGCUCCGCAGGGGCAGAUGAUGAAUGGCAUGAUGGGGCCGGCCGGAAGAGGCAGGGCAGCUCCGGGGAUGCAGUACCAGGGUCAGGCCAUGCAGGCAGCACCGGGCACCGGGCAAGGGGUCACCGUUUCUGGCAGCGUAUUGGCGGAGACACUUACCCAGGGUGCACCACAGAUGGGGGCACACAAUGCCAUCAAUCCCCAGCAAGCGGGAAACAUGAACAAGAUGGGUCUUGCAACCGCUAACGGCACGUUCGGGCAGCAGUACGCACAGGGUUCGGUCCAGCAGAUGUCCGGCGCUGGAUUAAAUGCUCAGAUCCAGAACAAGGCAGCUCUUCCCAACAGCCUCCAGCCUACCCUGAAGGGUGCUUCCAGCGUGCCAAAUCUGCUGCAGCAGCAGGUGCCCUUGGUGGGCAUGGUCCCGGGACAGGGGGUGUCGGCCGGCCCCACGGCCGACCCAGAGAAGCGCAAACUGAUCCAGCAGCAGCUGGUCCUGCUGCUUCAUGCCCACAAGUGCCAGCGGCGAGAGCAGGCCAAUGGCGAGGUGCGCGCCUGCGCCCUGCCCCACUGCCGCACCAUGAAGAACGUCCUCAACCACAUGACCCACUGCCAGGCGGGGAAGUCCUGCCAAGUGGCUCACUGUGCCUCCUCUAGACAGAUCAUCUCGCACUGGAAGAACUGCACCCGGCACGACUGCCCCGUCUGUCUGCCCCUGAAAAACGCCAGUGACAAGAGAAACCAGCAGCCGAUGCUGAGCUCUCCUAACACUGGCAUGCAGGCUCCGCUGGGCCCUGUGGGCACGAGUCAACCCGCUACGCCCGCCAUCAGCAGCGGCACGCACAUAGACCCCAGCUCUAUGCAGCGGGCAUACGCCGCACUCGGCCUCCCGUACGGGAACCAGCCAGCUGCACAGACACAGGUCGCAGGACAGCAGCCCACGCAGACCCAGCAGCAGCAGAUGCGCUCCAUGCCUGCACUAGGCACUAACCAGAUGAACAUCGGCGGUAAUGGUAUGGCCGAUCAGACGAACCUUCACACUGAUUCCUCUCUCCCCUUAUCCCUCAACAAUCAGAUGAUGCCAGACGGGUUGAACAUGGGCGGCACGGGGAACCUGCCCACAGCUGCGCCGCUGUCAAUGCCUGGCAUGAAGAAGCCCUGGCACGAGCAUGUCACUCAGGACUUGAGGAAUCACCUAGUGCACAAGCUAGUUCAAGCCAUAUUCCCGACCCCAGACCCUGCAGCACUGAAGGACAGACGCAUGGAGAACUUGGUCGCUUAUGCGCGUAAGGUGGAAGGGGACAUGUACGAGUCUGCCAACAGCAGGGAUGAGUAUUACCACUUUCUGGCUGAGAAGAUCUAUAAGAUCCAGAAGGAGCUGGAGGAGAAGAGAAAGUCCAGGCAGAAUGAUAAAAGCAGUCGGGCAGGUCAUACUGGUAGCGCAGGAAUUACUCAAAAGCUUCAAUCUCCCGUUGAACAGAAAAGCUCUUUACCUUCUUUAAAUGUGUUUGUAUCAUGCUCUUCAGGAAUGGGCCAGUUCAACCCCGUGACCAUGCAGAACAUGCAGAUGUCCCAGUCACCGGUGGGAGCUCCUCGGGCUGCGUCCCCUAUGGCCCACCCCCCUCAGAUGGGCAUGGGUACCGUUCCAGCGAUGAGUAUGUCUCCCUCCAGGUUGCCACAGGCACCAACAAUGAUGGGAGGCCAUUCUAGCAACAUGGUGGGCCAGACGCCCAACCAGAACCAGUUCAUGAACCAGACGCCGUUCCCUGCCUCAGCCGGGGGCAUGAAUGUGAAUGUAAACCUGGCUCAGCAGUCGGGACAGACUGUCCCACAGCAGCAGCCGAACACUAACCUGACCCUGAAUCCCGUGGGCCCUCUGGGCACCCCGUCCACACUGUGCUCCACCCCUCCUCCGCCCUCUGCCUCCACCCCGUCAGCUGCCGCUAGCCUACAGCCACUCCAGACCCAGCCUUCCACGCCGGCCUCAGCCGGGGGCCACGUCACGCCCACCCACAUCCCCAGCGGCUUGCCCCGCCCUCCCUCAGUCCUGGGCUCCUCCCCCGCCCACUCCCAGCCGCUCACGCCCCUGCAGCCCCAGCCUGAGCCCCCCCUGCAGAUGCAGCAGCCCACCUCUGUGCAAGCGCAGCAGCCCAGCACUCCGCUCUCUCAGAUGGCCGCAAGCGUUGAUAAUAGAGUUCCUACGCCAGCAUCCGUGGCCGAGACCCACUCCCAGCAAGCUUUGCCCCCCGACUACCCUGCUGCUGAACACAAAACUGAGCAUCAAGAAGACGAGCAGGACUUUGAAUCUGGGAAAAAGAGACCCAAUGUCAAGAUGGAGGAUGAAGAUGUCAAACCUCAAGUAAAAGAGCAGCCAGAGUCUGUAGAACCUAAACAGGAACCGAUGGAGACAGAGGAGAAGAAACCAGAGAUAAAGACCGAGCCGAAAGAGGAGGAUAUGUCCAGCACCAACAGCACCACACCAUCCGGUCAAUCCGCCCAGUCACGCAAGAAAAUUUUCAAGCCAGAGGAGCUCAGACAGGCGCUGAUGCCUACAUUAGAAGCUUUGUAUCGUCAAGACCCAGAGUCCUUGCCCUUCCGCCAGCCGGUGGAUCCCACUCUCCUGGGCAUCCCGGACUACUUUGACAUUGUAAAGAACCCAAUCGAUCUUUCCACCAUCAAGAGGAAGCUGGACACUGGGCAGUACCAGGAGCCCUGGCAGUAUGUUGACGACAUCUGGCUGAUGUUCAACAACGCCUGGCUCUACAACCGCAAAACAUCACGAGUGUACAAGUACUGCUCGAAGCUGUCCGAGGUGUUCGAGCAGGAAAUUGACCCCGUCAUGCAAAGUCUGGGAUACUGCUGUGGGCGCAAGAACGAGUUUUCACCUCAGACGCUUUGCUGCUAUGGCAAACAGCUCUGUACUAUCUCCAGAGACGGCACAUAUUAUAGCUACCAAAACAGGUAUCACUUCUGCGAGAAGUGCUUCAACGAGAUUCAGGGCGACAGUGUCACCCUGGGAGACGACCCAGCCCAGCCGCAGACGUACGUAUCUUCUGCCGCCCAGAAGGCUUUAAGUAUGAUAUCAAAGGAGCAGUUUGAGAAGAAGAAAAAUGACAUGUUGGACCCUGAGCCCUUUGUUGAAUGUAAAGACUGUGGCCGGAAGAUGCAUCAAAUCUGCGUACUACAUUAUGACGUCAUCUGGCCAUCAGGUUUCAUCUGUGACAACUGCCUGAAGAAGUCAGGGAAAACAAGAAAGGAAAACAAGUUUUCUGCUAAAAGGUUACAGUGCACGAGACUGGGCUCGUACAUCGAGGACCGAGUGAACAAGUACUUGAAGAGGCAGAAUCACCCUGAGGCCGGAGAGGUGUUUGUACGGGUGGUCGCCAGCUCUGAUAAGACCGUGGAGAUCAAACCUGGGAUGAAAUCCAGGUUUGUUGACUCAGGAGAGAUGGUAGAAAGCUUUCCCUACAGAACCAAAGCACUUUUUGCGUUUGAAGAGAUCGAUGGAGCGGAUGUGUGUUUCUUCGGCAUGCAUGUCCAAGAAUAUGGAUCUGAUUGUCCCUUUCCUAACACCAGACGGGUAUACAUAUCAUAUCUUGACAGUAUUCACUUCUUCAAACCUCGGCUGCUAAGAACUGCAGUUUACCAUGAAAUUCUCAUUGGUUAUUUGGAGUAUGUUAAGAAACUAGGGUAUGUGACUGGUCAUAUCUGGGCUUGCCCACCUAGUGAAGGCGAUGACUACAUCUUCCACUGUCACCCUCCUGAUCAGAAGAUUCCCAAGCCUAAAAGACUGCAGGAGUGGUACCGCAAAAUGCUGGACAAAGCCUUUGCAGAAAGAAUCAUCCAUGACUACAAGGACAUAUUUAAACAGGCCACAGAGGACCGGCUUACAAGUGCCUACGAGCUGCCCUAUUUUGAGGGUGAUUUUUGGCCCAAUGUUUUGGAGGAAAGCAUCAAGGAGCUGGAGCAAGAGGAGGAGGAGAGGAAGAAGGAGGAGAAUACAGCCUCCUCUGAGACAACAGAGGGAACCCAAGCUGACAGCAAGAACGCCAAAAAGAAGAACAAUAAAAAGACCAACAAAAAUAAGAGCAGCAUGAGCCGCGCAAACAAAAAGAAGCCUGGGAUGCCGAAUGUAGCUAAUGAUCUGUCCCAGAAGCUAUAUGCAACAAUGGAGAAGCACAAAGAGGUUUUCUUCGUGAUCCACCUGCAUGCUGGUCCAGUGAUCAAUACCCUGCCUCCGAUAAUGGAUCCUGACCCAAUGCUGACCUGCGAUCUGAUGGACGGCCGUGAUGCCUUCCUAACACUGGCCAGGGACAAACACUGGGAGUUCAGUUCCCUACGCCGCUGCAAAUGGAGCAGUAUGUGCAUGCUGGUGGAGCUACACAAUCAGGGCCAAGACCGAUUUGUGUACACUUGCAACGAAUGCAAGCACCACGUUGAGACACGCUGGCAUUGCACCGUUUGCGAGGACUUUGAUCUAUGCAUUAACUGCUACAACUCCAAGGGCCAUGAGCACCAAAUGGUGAAGUGGGGUUUGGGCCUGGAUGACGACAGCAACCAGGGCGGCGAGGCCAACAAGAGCCCACAGGAGAGUCGACGCCUCAGCAUCCAACGCUGCAUCCAGUCGCUGGUGCAUGCCUGCCAGUGCCGCAACGCCAACUGCUCUCUGCCAUCUUGUCAGAAGAUGAAGAGAGUGGUGCAGCACACCAAGGGCUGCAAGCGCAAGACCAACGGAGGCUGCCCCGUUUGCAAGCAACUCAUCGCGUUGUGCUGCUACCAUGCCAAGCACUGCCAGGAAAACAAGUGCCCCGUGCCCUUCUGUCUCAAUAUCAAGCACAAGCUGCGGCAGCAGCAGAUUCAGCAGCGGCUGCAGCAGGCGCAGAUGAUGCGCCGGCGCAUGGCACUCAUGCAGGGCAGAGGAAUGCCGCCCAGUCUGCCCUCCCCAACUACCUCAGGAGGUCCGGGGACGCCCAACUCUCAGCAGCUGCAGCAGCCUAAUACGCCUCAGACCUCGCAGGCAUUAGCCAACCAGCCCCAGCAGACGCAUCCAAAUGUGGCUGCAAUGGUGCAACCCUUCCCCAACCAACCGCCUACGCCCGGGUCACAGGGUAAGUCAGGCCCGCAGUCCUCGCCUCUGCCCCAGCAGCAGUCCCCCCUGCCCAUGCCGCCUCAACAGCAGCCGCAGCCCUCUCCGCAGCAGCAGCAGGCUUUGAAGGUUGCGAAACAAAUAGAGAUGAUGACCAAAGUUCAGCAGCAGCAACAACAACAGCAGCAACAACAGCAGCAACAGCAACAACAGCAACAACAACAACAGCAACAACAACAGCAACAACAACAGCAGCAGCAAGACUACAGGAUGAGUGUGAAUGGCAUGCAGAUGAACCAACCUCGCAUGAUGACUCCCAUGCAGAUGAUGGCCCCUCGUGGUCCUCAGAUGGUUCAGAACAUGCAGCCUGGCCAGUGGCCAGCUGGGAUGCAAGGGUCCAUGCAGAAUCCGCAGGCACCUCCGACGCAGCAAGUGCCGCCGCAGCAGAUGGCCAUGGCCCCGCAGCAGUCUCAGGUAGUGCAGACGCCGCAACAGGCGCAAAUGAUGCAGCGCGCCAUGAUGCAGCAACAGCAGCAGCAGCAGCAGCCGCGGCAGAUGCAGGCCGUCAUGCCUCCCCAGCAGGCACAACCACAGGCCCCGCAGCAGCAAGGCAUGCAGCAAAGAGUGGUGGCCAGCAGCAUCGCUCCAGGAGCGCUGCAGGACCUGCUGCGCACAUUAAAAUCACCAAGUUCCCCUCAGCAGCAACAGCAGGUCCUCAACAUCCUCAAAUCUAACCCGCAUCUCAUGGCGGCGUUUAUCAAACAGCGGACGGCGAAGUACCAAGCCAGCCAACCACAGCAGCAGAACCCGCAGGCCAUGCUCGCAGCUCAGCCGGGAAUGCAGAACAUGACUGCGAUGCAAACCGGCCCCGUGCAGAGACCCGUCAUGCCGCCUCAGCAGCCACAACCGGCCGCAACCCAAGCCAUGGCCGCUCUCGGAUCCCAGGGACAGAUGAUGAACGCUGCACACAACGGAAACCAGCAGCUGUUCCGCCGGCAACUAAUGCGCAUGCAGCAGCAACAGCAACAACAGGGAGCAAUGCCUCCAGGACAAGGGAGAUUCCCACAACCUCAAGGCGCGGCCAGUUACUCGCAAAUCCGCAUGCAGCAGCAGAUGGCCAUGCAGGGAGGCGCCGGGCCCAUGGGUCAGAUGCCGCCCAUGGCUCAGAUGGGCCAGCCUGGCAUGGGCAUGGACGCCCAGCAGAACAUGCUGCAACAGCGCAUGCUGCAGCAGCAACAGCAGCAGAUGCUGAAGCAGCAAAUGGGAUCGCCGGCUCAGGCUGCUUCUAUGAGUCCCCAACACCACAUGCUUGCAGGACAGCCGCAGGGAGCUCACUUGCCCGGACAGGCCAUGGCCAAUGCGCUGGGCAACCAAGUGAGGUCGCCUGCACCCGUGCAAUCGCCCCGCCCCCCGUCCCAACAGCCACCACAUUCCAGCCCGUCCCCGCGCAUGCAGCCCCAGCCCUCGCCCCUGCACUCCGGCGCGUCCCACCCCAGCAUGGCGGGACCCAUGCCGGGCCCCAUGGACCAGGCUCACCUGUGCACACCCGAACAGAGUGCAAUGCUUCCGCAGCUUAACACGCCAAACCGUGGAGGGCUUCCCAACGAGAUGAGUAUGGUUGGGGACACAUCGGGAGACACGUUAGAGAAGUUCGUCGAGGGAUUGUAGCAUUAAGUGAGGUUCUUUUUGAGGAGAGAGGUGUGUUUUCUACACAGGAAAUUAAAGGCGACAAAAUGAACUGUAAUAGGUUUACACAACCAGUGGACUGCUUUUUCUUCCCUGUUGGAGGGAUUGAAAUUACUGUUUAAAGAGCAGAAUCACAAAGGGUAUUUUUCUGGGAGGGUUGUCGGACCGGCCAAAAUGCAGUCCUGGUCUACGAGUUACAUUUUUAAUUGUUUUGUUUUUGUUUUUUUUUCAUUUGUUUUUCGGGGAGGGGGUUAUUUUGAGCAUAUGGACUUUUUAAAUGGAAUUUCUCAAGGCAAAAUAUUUGAUUUUAUUAUUGAGGAUUUUCGUUUUGUAUGUUUGCAAACUGAAAUGCGUUUUUUUGUGUUUUUUUUUUUUGAGUGUGUGUGCGUGUUUAGGGACUGUAAGAUACUCGGUGUGGAAUUAGGAUCAGGAGCAAUCCUCAUUCCUGUCUGAUACGUUUUCACAUUUACCAGGUUUGGAAAAGGACGCGCCGCCUUUUUUCUCUCCAAACUGUGGAGUUUGUACAGAGGACCUGUAUUCAUUUGUACAGAAAGGAGCUUGGCUACGGCACACACACACACACGCGAACACACACGAACACGCGAGCAAAUUGUGAAAGUUGCUCUUAUUUUUCAAGGUGCCCAAAUGCGUUAAUUUAUUGGCCUGGAUUCAGUAGUUGUCUCUUAAGAUAUAGGAAGAUGUUCCUGUUUUUCCUCGUUUGAUCUCUGAAACAUCAAUGAUGUCCCCUCCACCCCUCGCGUAUGAGGCCGGAGCUUCGUCUGACUGCUGAUUUGUUCAAAGAGUUCUUCAGUCAACCUCUUUUGUUUUUCUCCUCAUGAAACUUGAAUUGAAGGUGAACGAUUCUUUAAUGUAAAUCAUGCAGCUUGAUGACAUACUGUAAAUAAAAGGAAAAAAGAUUGAGAUCGCUGUAUAAACUGGUUAAGAACUUGUUUCGUACUUAUAUACCAUAUUGUUAAAUAAACUGUGUGCAACAGA